AACGAGAAAGAAACCAUGCAACAUCUAAAUGAUCGCCUGGCUUCAUAUCUUGAAAAAGUUCGGUCAUUAGAGCAAGAAAAUGCUCAACUGGAGAGAAAUAUAAGAGAGUGGUAUGACAAGAACCAACCCUGCACCUUUCCUGAUUUUAGCAGCUACUUUAGGACCAUUCAGGAGCUUCAAGGUCAGAUAUCUUCUGCUACUAUUGAAAAUGCAAGAAUUGUGUUGCAAAUUGACAAUGCCAGGCUGGCUGCAGAUGACUUCAAGAAUAAGUAUGAGAUGGAGUUAAGACUUAAAAACAAUGUAGAGUCUGAUGUUAAUGGCUUGCAGCGUGUCCUGGAAGAGCUGAACAGGGAGGUAUGUGACUUGGAGGGUCAAGUCCAGAGCCUUCAAGAGGAGCUUCUACAGAUGAAGAGGAACCAUGAAGAGGAAGUAAACUCUUUGCGUGCUCAGCUGGGAGCCAGAGUAAAUGUGGAGGUGGAUGCUGCACCAUCAACGGACCUCAACAGAGUAUUGUCUGACAUUCGUGAGCAAUAUGAAAACUUGAUGGAAAAGAACAUGAGGGAAGCUGAGAGCAUGUUCCUUCAAAGGAUUGAGGAGCUGAACCUUCAGAUGGCAUCUGGCUCUGAACAAUUGCAAUCUGUCCAAACUGAAGUGAUUGAUUUAAGACGCAAUGUCCAGACCCUCGAGAUUGAACUACAAAGCCAACUAAGCAUGAAAUCAGCUUUGGAAGGUACCUUGGCAGAAACAGAGGCAACUUUUGGCUCCCAGCUUGCUCAGUUGCAAUGCUUGAUCAACAAUGUAGAGUCUGAAUUGUCACAGAUCCGUGCAGACCUAGAACGUCAGAAUCAUGAAUACAAGAUCCUAAUGGAUCAGAAAACACACCUGGAAAUGGAGAUUGCCACGUACAAGCGCUUGCUUGAGGGUCAUGACAUUAAUGUUUCUGGACACCACCUUUCAAGCACAAAAGAAGUUUCUCAUCAUUCCAUCAAGAUCAUCCACGCUCCCAAACACAGCCAGCACACCAAAUGUUAA